CCCUGCGCCAUGUUGCUGUGCAAUUGCUGAGAAAUCCAACUCGGACAAAUGCUCGCGAUGUCGCCGCGGGCUAGCGCCAAAUCAGGACUAGCGCUUCCCACACCGAUUUCAAACCAACGCUGCCUCUGAGCGAACGACAAUCUUGAGACCUCUCCACUCCUUCACCGACGCAUACAACUCAAGACAACCGACAAGAUGGCACGACGACCGGCUCGCUGCUACCGCUACUGCAAGAACAAGCCGUACCCCAAGUCGCGCUUCAACCGCGGUGUGCCAGACCCCAAGAUCCGCAUCUUCGACCUGGGCAGGAAGAGGGCCAAUGCCGAUGAGUUCCCGCUGUGCGUCCACCUCGUCUCCAACGAGUACGAGCAGCUAUCCUCCGAAGCUCUUGAAGCUGCCCGUAUCUGCGCCAACAAGUACCUCGUAAAGGUUGCCGGCAAGGAAGGUUUCCAUCUGCGUGUCCGCGCCCACCCCUACCACGUCAUCCGCAUCAACAAGAUGUUGUCGUGCGCAGGCGCUGAUCGUCUUCAAACCGGCAUGCGUGGUGCUUUCGGCAAGCCUAACGGUACCGUCGCUCGUGUCAACAUCGGCCAAAUCAUUCUCUCUGUUCGAACGAGGGAUACCCACCGCGCCACCGCUAUCGAGGCUCUGAGGCGAUCGCAGUACAAGUUUCCCGGCCGCCAGAAGAUCAUCGUCAGCAAGAACUGGGGCUUCACCAGCCUUCGCCGCGACGACUACGUCGCGAAGCGCCAGGAAGGCAGGAUCAAGAUUGACGGCGCCUAUGUCCAGUUCCUCCGCAACAAGGGCAACCUCCAGACCAACAUGCAGCGUUUCCCCGACGCUUUCGAGCAGGAGGCGUAGGUUGCUGGGUGAAGAAUGGGUCGUGGCGAUAUUAUGUGCAUGGGAUGAAGUGAGAUACCGGUCAUGGCGUGUCUUGCUUCCGUUUCCUUUCCUCUGGUCAUGGAUGAGGGUUUGCAGGUGGAAUUUCUACGGGUGCAUUCGCAGAGAUAACCAAAAUCUGACCUGACAAUGGCAACG